AUGAGUCGACCACGACGUGGGUUAGUAGGCAGCCGCCACGAAGAGAUCCCCCAACCUGAAAUCAUCGACUUGACUACAUCACCUUCGCCGCCUCUUCGAGCAACCACUCUACCUGGUCGUUUUAGUCGCCGACAUACACCCUAUAAUGCCAGAGAUCGUCGUGGCAGAUAUCCAGACAGGGAACAAGAACGGGAACAAGAACGAGAGCUAGAAAGGGAUAGGGAUAGUUACCGCCGUACUCCUGCUAGUCGACCUCCUGAUGCUGAAGUUAUUGAUCUUGACGCAAUUCCGGAUCCGCCACCUGUUCGCCAAAAUGAUAAUCCCCGCGAGGAGCGACGACCUGGACGGAUUUUAUACCAGGAGAUUUCGGCUCACGAUAUCGAAGUAAACUUCGACCGGCCCAGAGUGCGACAACCUUCAAGGGACCCAUUCCAACCACCGCGCCACGAGCAUAAUCAUCAUCACCACCAUGAUCAUCACCAUCAUCACCAUCACGCCAAUAGAGCAGGUGCGCCACCAGACGAGCCCCCACUGGACGAUUUACUCUUCGCCCCUUUUGGACGACUUAGGCCUAACAUUGGAGGUGUAGCUAGCGCAGGUCUUUCGAUAUUAGAGAUGGUUCGGGACAUCAGCAUGCCUUUCCACCGUCUGGGAUUCUUCGGUGCCGGUUCCCAGAAUCGUGCUUCUCACCUGGCCCCCUUGGCCCCUCUCGCCCCACAUAGGGACCCUCCAGAUAUCCCGAACUUCCCUCUCAGGAACGGUCUCUUCCAGGCUCCCGGGCGGGACUUGGAUUGGUUUCAACUCCCUGGAUUUGCCGCACAAAACGAAGUCGAAAUAACUGGACAGGUUCACAGCAAAGACCCACCUAUCAAGGAGGCUCGAAAAGGGUUCACAAGAUCUCCAAAGUCCGAGGAUGCAAUUGGAUGUUCCAUGUGUGACCAAGAGUUGGGGGACUCUGACGAUGACAUCAAGAAACAGAUCUGGGUAAUGAAGUGUGGCCAUUGCUACUGCGGCGAAUGUGCAAAUGCUAUGCUCAGUCAACCUCGAGCCCAAAAAGGGAGAAAACGCAAGUACCCUUCUUGCGCCAUCGACGGGUGUAAACAAGCCACUACCGGGAAGAAGUUUGUCUGGGAACUAUACCCAUGA